CAGGAGGUUUUGAGCAGCGGCAGUAGCAGCACACAUCCAAUAUACAUAACGUUAACUAUCAGGAAUAAACAGGAGUAACGUUAAUCAUAACUCUCUUUGUUACAAACCCGAAAAUGAAAUUAUGAUUAAAGAGUCAGGCAACGUCACUGCCCCAACGUAAUUGUUUUAGUUUAUAUCCACGAUUUCAAGGAGUGUUAUCGGACUAAAAUAUUUCAAAAAAGAAUGAUGGCGCAACAGUAGCAGUGGUGGUCUGGUGUGGGUGGGCCAGCGGAUGCCUCUGUUGUGAGAGAGAAAUAGUGAGGGGGGUGUAGAGAUGAAGAUGAGACAGAAGAACUCCGUGUGUAUCCUGUCUAGUCGAGAGCGAGGAUCACAAGGCCUUGGCUCACACAGAAUCCUACUGGAGUUUGUGGAAGAGAAGACACAGCAUAUGAAAUGGCGGAGUCAGAAAGUCGAGUUACCAGACAGCCCCCGCUCAACCUUUCUCCUGGCCUUCAGUCCAGAUGGGACUUUAAUGGCAUCCACCCAUGUUAACCACAACAUCUACAUCACAGAGGUUAAGACAGGGAAGUGUGUUCACUCUCUCGUGGGUCACCGGCGUACGCCGUGGUGCUUGACUUUUCACCCUAGUAUUGCUGGACUUCUUGCCUCUGGUUGCUUGGACGGAGAGGUCAGAAUCUGGGACCUACAUGGAGGCAGUGAGAGUUGGUUCACAGAAAGCAAUUCGGCGAUCGCAUCUCUUGCUUUUCAUCCAACCGCUCAGCUUCUGCUCAUUGCCACCAACAAUGAAGUGCAUCUGUGGGAUUGGAGUCGAAAAGAGCCCUUCACUGUUGUGAAGACUGCCAGCGAGACGGAGAGAGUCAGAUUGGUGAGAUUUGAUCCAUUGGGUCACAACCUUCUAACUGCCAUUGUGAAUCCUUCAAAUCAACUGAAUGAUGAUGAUCAUGAGAUUUCAAUGGACAGUGUAGAGACGCCUCAUUUCCGCCAACAAUCCUCCCAUCCAACCCUGCCUGUUAGACGCAUCUUGCACAAUUUCUUGCAUUUCCUAACUUCCCGUAACUCUGCGCCCCAGAGCGGAGGCACUCUUGGUGCUGCCACUGAUGAGAUCUCUGAUUCGUCUGGACUCUCUUCUGAGCGUUACACGGUUUUGAGGGAUCGUUACCGAAUGCCAUACCAUAGCUGUGUCCAGUCACUUGGAAUGGUUUGUUUCUGUAGCCGCUGCUCGGCAACGGGAGUUUCGUCUCUACCUGACGAGGACCCUGCAGACCCUGCCUCCCAGGACAGCCAAUCACAUGCAUCCACUUUUUCUUCUGCACGCACAGAGCCACGUUUACCACGAUUUCCAGCUGAAUCUCGUUCUUCUCAUCGACCCUCCACAUUCUCACACCUGUCUUCCAGCUCUGGGAGAAGGAGUGUAGUAGGAAUGGGAACUGGCCUAUCUUUCCAGCAGCAGGUGCUAGGCCGGGAAGGUAGAGGGCGUUUGCCUGAGGCAGACUGGACUAGCAGUUUUCCUAAUGGGCAAGGAAGUAGUAUGCCUCCACCUAGAUCCAGCGAUUCCUCCAAUAGCCUGCUUUCUGUCCUGCGACAGCAAGGGGAUUCCACUCAGUCACCUGUUUACACGUCUCCUACCCAUAGAUGGGGUUUUCCUUCACCAGGGGCAGAGUCUCAUAAUAGUAGCAGUUCAUCAGGGACUAGUAUUAGCAGGCACCACCCACCAGAGGAUGAGGAUAAUAGCAAUUUGUCUUCCACACACAAUGUCCUUCGGUGUAAUCGUAACCACAAUAUGGAGUAUGAGCGCAGGCAUGACCAAGUGCAGCACCUCGAGGGCAUAAAUGGGGAGGGCGGUACUCAGGACCAGAGGACUCAGGAAAUGCUAAAUAACAACAUGGACCCAGAGCAACCAGGCCCAUCUUAUUACCAGCCAGUCUACAGUAGAGAAAACACAUCCCCCAGUCACCUGAACCGCUGUAGAGUCUGUCACAAUCCCUUCACCUACAAUCAGGGUACUCAACCGGGGGAGAGAACUUCUGCUGGUAGAACCCCAGCCUGGCAAAGUACUAGUCCUGCCUAUCACAACUCAACCUCUCAGUCUGAUCUUCACCCUUCUGAACGGAGAUCCAUGGAGCCCCGCAGUGAUGUCCCAGAAUCAGGUGUGCCCUUUUCCCACAGUGCUGCUACCAGUCAGUCUGAAGAGCAAGAAGUUGGGCUUGUCUUCAACCAGGAAACAGGCCAAGUGGAGAGUUUUUACAGACAAUCUGCCACCUCUGACUCAACGAAUGUAUCACAAGAAGCCUUAAACCAGGAAAUGCCUGAAGACGAACCUGAUCAUGAUUAUCUAAGCAGGUUGCCUCCUGUAGCAUAUUAUGCACAGCGUAUGAUCCAGUAUCUUUCUCGCCGUGAUAGCAUUCGGCAACGCACUAUCCGCCACCCCAACAGACCCCGACCCCACUCGUCUAAUACAGACAACCUCUCCUCUGGCCCCGCCUCCAGCGCAGAGAACAAUGAAGUUGGCUUUGAAGAGUUUGAGGGCAAUGGAAGCAGGCAUAGGGCUCUUCGUAAUGCACGCAUGUCUGCCCCCUCCCUCGGUCGCUUUGCCCCCAGGCGGUCCUUGCCUGAGUUUUUACCAUAUGCUGGAAUCUUCCAUGAGAGGGGGCAGCCAGGCCUGGCAACACACUCAUCCGUCAAUAGGGUUCUCGCAGGUGCUGUAAUCGGGGAUGGUCAGUCUGCAGUAGCCAGCAACAUCGCUAAAACGAACUAUCGGCUGCAGUGGUGGGACUUUACCAAGUUCGAACUACCUGAGAUCAGUAAUGCAUCUGUAAACGUGUUGGUGCCCAAAUGUAAGAUCUAUAACGACGCAAGCUGUGAUAUCUCGGCAGACGGGCUGUUGCUGGCCGUCUUUAUUCCCGGCAGGCCAAGAGGUUUUCCCGAUGAGGGCAUCUUGGCCGUCUACUCUCUUGCUUCGCACAACCUUGGAGAGAUGCUUUACACAAAGCGAUUCGGCCCGAAUGCUAUCUCUGUUAGUUUGUCUCCGAUGGGGCGUUACGUGAUGGUGGGUCUGGCUUCUCACCGUAUCCUACUUCAUCCAAUCACUGAUCACAUACUGGCACAGGUUUUCAGAUUGCAGCAACCCCACGGAGGAGAGACAUCCAUGAAGAGGGUAUUUGAUGUGGUGUACCCAAUGGCCCCAGACCAGAGACGACACAUCAGUAUAAAUUCUGUUCGAUGGCUACCAGAACCAGGGCUUGGACUUGCUUAUGGAACCAACAAAGGAGAUCUGGUCAUCUGCAGACCUGUGGAAGAACAUCCAAAUGGUAGCAGGUCUUCUCAACACUCUGAGACCAUGUUCACCACCCAUAAUAGUGGAGGGAGUGGAACCACCAGCAGCAGGAGGAGUGGAGAGAGGGAAGGGACCAGCAGGACAGAGUGGGGUUCACAUAGAGAGACGGGUCUGAUGAACAUGAUUGGUCUGCAGCCACGACAUCCUGCCUCCACUGUUGCAUCACAGGGGACACAAACGCAGAACAUGGAGUUACAGAAUGCAGAGACUCAAACGGACCAUGACCUUCAAAAUGAACCCCGGCAGCCCAGCACUUCUCAGGGGUCACAGGUUACCAAUGACUCUCUUGAUUUUGAGAUCCUUUUAGAUGAUUCUGGCUCUGAGGUGGUACCAGAGACACCACCCCACAGUCGACCUCAGGAAGAUGAAGGGUCAGAUCCCACUGAAACUAGCACAGAAAGCACAGGCCAGGCUGACUAUGUUUCUCAUAUACAAAGGUUAAUGGCUGACGGAGGAAUGACUGCAGUUGUCCAGCGGGAGCAGAGCACCACUAUGGCCUCUAUGGGCAGCUUUGGCAACAACAUUUUUAUCAGCCACCAUAUCCACCGUGGCUCCCAGACAGGGGUGGAUUCACAGAGCCAUGCCCAUUUAUGCCCCACCCCUGGCCCCUCCUACACUUCACCGGGGUCUUUGCGUGCAGACUACUACUUCCGAAUCAUUACCAACACACCAGGUCAUCAUACAAACACAGCUCAGGGCUCCCUCAUAGAACAGGAGGGACUUCACACAUUUUCCCCUAUUUUCUCACCUGUGGUAGACACACAUGGAUCAUCCGCUUCCAUGGAAACAGACGGAUGGAUGGAUGAGGAGGAGCUUCAUGAUCUUGCAUCCCUCUCUCCAUCCUUACUCUCACCCUCUCUUUCGCCCGUGAAUAACAAUAGCUACACCAGCAAUGAGAAUAGUUAUUACGGAGAUGAGUAUGGCCGCUAAAAAGCAGGGCAGAGGUUAGAGAGCAAUCAUGUAUUAAAACCAACACAAUAGAAAAUUAUUUCUGAAAUAUUUGCACUUAACUCUUGUUUUCUUAACAUGACACAUUCUGAUGAAGGACAGAAGAUGGACGUUUUUUUGGGAAAGGAGCAUUGAUUUCUUCUGCUCCGCUAUAGCAGCAACUCUUAAAGGAUUAGUCCAUUUUCUUUAAAAAAAAAUCCAGAUAAUUU